AUGCCCGAGCUUCUGGACCUCCCAACAGAGCUCCUGCUCAAGGUCGUGAGCGUGCUCCAUCGCUCGCAAGACGUCGCUGCUGUAGCUUUCACCUGCAAACAGCUUAACCGCGUCGCAAGCGGUGAGCUCUACGAGAGAAUCCGACUGCACAUCACCGCACCUAAUGACCCUGCCAAGCUCGGAGUUAUUGUGAAUCUGGCCUCGUCCCUGUUUCUUGGCGAUCCCGCCUUGAGAAAUUCCACAAAGACCAUUGCAAUCACUCUGCCUCCCCUUUCUACGCACUAUCUCCCUCGCCUUGUUUCACCCGAGGUCAUGAAGAAUCUCCAUGCUGCGGCUUCAGUUGACGCGAGUGAGGAGCUGGCGCGAUGGGGCAUGACAGCUUCGCAGCAGAGAGUCAGCCUUGCCGACGGCCAAGUUUGGGCCUACAUAACACUUUUCUUGCGCGCUUGCCAGAAUAUUCGUACUUUGACCCUCGACGGAAACUUCUUCGAGAAGCUGGGAUUCUGGGAUACUGACCUCUCCGUUUUCGAGGAGCUCGACACGGUUGAACUGAUCACGACCGAUACCGAGAGGUUUCCUCGCCCUCGGCCCAGCGUCACGAUUCUUGCAAGUCUGUCCGACGUUCCAAACCUCCGAACACUCCGUCUCACAGUUAAUGGACCCUGGACUUUUCCUCGGCUCUGGCUGUUGCAAGCCCCCCGAAGGAGUUUUCACCUAUUCACGAACAUUACUGUUCUCGUCUUAUGGAAAUCCGAGCUUAACAUGUUGACCAUCCGCACUUUGCUCGGCCAUAUGCCGCAUCUAGUCACACUUGAGAUUGACCUCUUAUUUGGUAUCCAAAUUGAGAGCCACGACUUCAGUCUCAAGUGGUGCCUCGUUGACCUCUGCAGACUCCGAAAGGCCAUCUUGGGCACCGGGCUUCCUGGCGCCUUGGGUAGAAACCGUGCCGAGGGAAAACACUGCAGCAGUACGCUCGAGAAUCUGAAGAUUUCAGUCGACUUUUCGUUAAGACGCUCUCGCACCCCGACCGAAAUCAUGAUCUUCGAAGACCAUGUCUUGCCGGAGCAGGAAGAAGCUUCGAGCGGCUGGGAUGACAGCGACAGCGACGAAAGCAGCGAUGAGAGCAGCGAACAAGAGGAGGAAUCUGACAGCGAUCAAGACGAAGAAAGUGACAGCGAUGACGAAGACGAAGACGAAGAAAAUGACAGCGAAGACGAAGACGAAGAUGAAGAGGGCGACAACGUAUCAUAUGGAGCAGUGUACGAAUCAGACACUACGUCCGGACCCAUUCACCAACGCCGCACGCACUGGGAAAUCAACAAGCUUGGGUCGUUGAAGAGGCUCAAGAAUCUCAAGAAAUUGGAGAUAGAGCCAAUGCUGCUAUUUGGGAACCUCCGGUCCGCACCGGCUCAAGACGAUAGCGACAUGGAACCAGAACGCAUACCCUACUGGGCCCCUCUCGAUGCACUGCUCCCGGAUUCUUUGGAGGAAUUCCACAUCGCAUGUGGGCCGGUCGACUGGGUACUUUUGUGGGAGAGCGAAUGGAAGAUCGAAGAAUCGCAGGGCGCGGGCGCUGAUCUGGACUCUCUCUUUGAGAUGUUCAAGGCGUACAAGGAGGGAGGUGGGAACAUGCCAAACCUCCGGAAGGUCGUAAAUACCGCCCAGGCAUCAGUUGGUCUGCCGGAGGGCGCCAGCUGGGAUGAACAGCAGAUGCAGUUGAAGAAUAUGCUGGAGGACCUCGCAAUUGAUUAUGAGUGGUCAGGCUAG